CCUCAGACUGGGAUGGGCAGAGCAGCGCUGCUCCGCGCAGAAGAGCAGACGGAUGUCAUUUAUGGAAUAAAUACAUUGGGAUUUAUUAGAAUGACCUAAAGAGAGAACAGGAGGAAAAGAGGAGGCCUGGUUCAGUCAAGAUGAGUUUGACAUCCUGGUUCUUGGUGAGUGGUGGGGGAACAAGGCACCGCCUUCCCCGGGAAAUGAUCUUUGUGGGACGGGACGACUGUGAGCUUAUGCUACAGUCUCGUAGUGUAGACAAGCAGCACGCCGUCAUCAAUUAUGAAGUAGCCACAGAUGAACAUAAAGUUAAAGACCUGGGCAGCUUGAAUGGGACAUUUGUUAAUGAUGUACGUAUACAGGAACAGCAGUAUAUUACUUUGAAAAUGGGUGACAAGCUACGGUUUGGCUAUGAUACCAACCUAUUUACUGUGGUGCGUGGAGAAUUACAUGUUCCAGAGGAAGCGCUGAAGCAUGAAAAGUUCACCAGUCAACUCCAGUUAACCAAGAAGCCUUCACCAUCUGGGGAAAGCACCAAAAGCCCAGAGGUCAAAGGGGCAGAUGGAGGAAAAGAUGCUGAGGCCAGACCUUUAGAACCACCACCAAAACCAGAAGAGAAGUUGUCAGGAGACAUAGCUGUGUUCCACAGAGGAACCCCUCUUUAUGGACAGCCAUCUUGGUGGGGGGACGGGGACGCAGAUGAUGAAAAUUCUGGGAAGCACGAUGCAAAGGCCUCUGAGCAAAAACAAGUUAGAUGUGAAGCAGGCCGUAAGGACACUGCAACAAAGCCGCCAGUAGGACCAGGAGCCACAACACAGAAUUUAGGAACCCAGGAGCCAAGCUAUUUUGAGAUCCCCUGUAAGGAGACUCCUCCAGUAGGGGGAGACACAGGAGAAAGCCUCCCUAAUAGUUCAGAGGCGGUUGCGUCAGCUUCCACAAUCCCUGCAUCGGAGGGCGGAGCACAUGGACAUGCAUCCUUCACUAUUGAGUUUGACACAGUGGCUUUUGGGAAGGGUAAAGAGCGAGCUUCAAAGAGCACUCAAGACCAUCGACAGAGGCCGAAACGAGGGGCAGGGGAGGAGUUGUGUGCGUUGCAGGCCGCCAUGGUGGCAGCAGAGGUAAAGGUAGCAGACUGGCUGGCACAGAAUGAGCUGCCACUUGCUCGCUCUGAAUCCGUUGCUGAGGAUGACGGAGACAGCGUGAAGAGUGAUGUCCCGGUUCAGCUGAAGAGCCUUAGAGGCAGUAAACAUGAGGAUGGCACACAGAGUGACUCAGAGAAUGCAUUGGGAGAGCAGCUCAGUAGCCGGAGGGCGUUUCUGCAGGAGCGUUAUAGAGGAAGGCAGGGCGUGCAGAGGACAGAAGGCCCUUUCUGUGGGAGGGAAGAUCUCUUCCAGCACAAACCAUCAUCUGCAGCUAAAAAGAUGGCACCGGUAGGGGGUGAAGUUGGCAAAACAGCUCAACGUUCUUCGCCACAGAAAGCCAACGUGCCCAGAGAGCAAAGCACUGGGUCUCAAGAGACUUCAAAUAGGGGACAUAUAGAUGACCAAAGCGAUAGAGGGACCUACACCAUUGAGCUGGAAAAUGGCAAUGCUGAGGAGGAAGAGGCCAGGCGUAUGAUUGAUAAGGUUUUUGGGGUGGAGGAUAACCAAGCUCUGACUAAACUGCGUUUUCCAAAACACCAGAGAGACAGAGGAACCAUCUGUCCAAGAUCUGGAGCCAUGGAAACCAGACAAGCUGGUUAUGUUGGUGCAGAGGUUCUACCAGAUGACUUGGUUGUAGUAGGAGGUCCAAGGUGGGUCUCACAGUGGGCUAGUCUAGCUGCAAGUCAUAUACGGACUGAUCCCGAGGGAUCCGGAGCUGAACCCACUAUCCUUUGCACAGAAGAAAAAGCUGAUAUCAGUGCAUCUGAACGUAAAAGAAGGACCCUCCCGCAGCUCCCCUCUGAAGACACUGCUAUGGAUCCACUGCCUCCUGCUAUGAAUCCACAUAGCCAAUCCAGACGAAAAGCUCCUUCAUCUGAGAAACAGGAUCUAGAGCUUCAGGAAAAAGUAGAUCAGAUCAAUAGAAUCUCUAAAACUGGGCAAAGAGUUUCAGGAAUUGCCUCCGCUAGCACAGAGGUAGAUCGGUCCAAAGUGAACAAGCCAACUCCGCCCAGAAUCCAGAGUAAAGUCGGUCAACAAGGAGCUCAAGCUAGACAGACCGAGAAGAAACAAGAUGAUGGGAAACGAAAGAAAGGAGAUGAGGACCGAGAGAAGACAGGGAAGCCGCUACUGAGGCAAGAGAGCUUUACAGUGGAACGGCCGAGUGUUAAUGUUCCUCUAGAGCUCAUACCUUGCAUCGAUGGGCCUGGUGCCUCAACCCAGCCCAGGGUUGAGCCCAUGGGAGUCAUCAGUGAGGGCAUUGAUGCUGCCACCAUGUUAAAAGACUCAGAGGCCGUGGCUGCUUUUCUGGAAACCACUUUAUCAGACCUUGCAGAUCCACCGAGCUACUCCCUAGAGGGAUCUGUCUCACCUGAAUCUGACAUUGAUACAACAAGCACGGUCAGCCAAGCUGGAGGAGAAGGAGGCCGUAAGACAGCCCAAAGGAAACGAUCAGCUGGAGGUCCAGGCCGUGAAACAACCAAUAAAAACAUCAGUGCCACCGAAAGGAAAGGCAAAGCUCAGCCCUCUGGCUCAGCUGGUUCCAGAGCUUGGACGUCUCUCGACCUGACAGAUGAUGACUUGAGCUCUUCUCUUACCCAGGAUGCUACAAUAAAACGACCUCAGGCCCGGGGUCAAAAUACCAGCUCUAAGGUAGAGCCAACAAGUGGCAAAACCAGAGGAGCAAAGACGGCCGUAGCUCCUGCACCCACCAGCUCUAAACCAACCACCCUUCCACGACCCAGACCCACACGGGCUUCCCUUCUUCGCCGUGCACGACUGGGCGAAGCUUCUGACACUGACCUCGCUGAUGUCGAUCGUAUGUCUGUUGCUUCAGAGGCCUCUACUGCCAGUUCUGCAUCAAGGCCUUCAGCUGGGCGCAGGACCCUUUCUCGGAUUGAAGCCCUUGCUCAGCCACGGAGGCCACGAGUGGGCUCUCCUUCAGCUCGGAGUGACUCGGAGGCUACAUCCGGCAAGAUCAGGGGCUUCGUUCCACGCCCUGCCCCGGAAAGCGUACUGCGGCUUGGUCUCCGCUCUACAGCGCCCUCUUCCUCUGCCGCGGUCCCUAGAGCAAGAGCUAACAGCGCUUCCAAACUGCCCGAUAAGUGUCCUGGUACUCCCUAUGUUCAAAGUACACCUGCAGCUAGUGGAAGAUGGCGCCGGGUACCUAUCGAAUACGCUUCUACCUCAGAGGAUGAGUAUGGCUCCAACCGUCACCCCACUCAACACACUCGCCUGCGUCCAGUGGCUCCACGGGUGACCCAGCUAGGGGGUUCAGCCCCUGCAACACCCAGCCCUGGAGGCAUCUCCAUGUUACGACACCAGUCUAGCCGGGAACAGGAUGAUUACAUGAGAGACUGGACCGCCCACAGUGAGGAGAUUGCCAGAAUCAGUCAAGACCUGGCUAAGGAUCUGGCCAUGUUAGCACGUGAGAUCCAUGACGUCGCUGGAGAGAUUGACUCCGUUAGUCCUUCCUCUGCUCCCGCAGCUUCAGUUGAGGACCGUGUGUUUGAGGAUGUUCUGGGCAGUGCUCCAGAGAUCAGUGGCAGAGGUGUGGAACUAAGACCUCGCGGUGCUAUCAGCAGUCAGGAUUCCCGUGCCAUCCGCCGCAGGACCUGGAGCAGAGAGGAGGGUGUGCUGGACAGUUUGCUGUUGGCAUCAGUCUCCCAGCUAUCAGCAAAAAUCAAACAGGCCAUGGAAAAGACAGCCAACAAAAUCAGGAUUUUAUUCAAAGACAAAGAUCGAAAGUGGGAGGAGAUUGAAAGCAAACUGCAGGCAGAGAAUGAGGUGCCUCUCCUCAAAACCUCUAAUCAGGAGAUUUCCUCCAUACUCCAGAAUCUGAAAAGAGUGGAACGACAGCUGCUAGUGAUUGAUAUAAUGGUGGACCCCGAUGGCACAUUGGAUGCUCUGAGCAGUCUGGGUCUGACCAGUCCACUUAUGGCUGAGAACAGAGUUAGUCCUGGCUCACAAGGUCCAGCUGGCAACCAGGCUGUGGACAUGUCCGCUAGUACGGCAGCAUUGCCCUCUGCCUAUUCAGAGGUCGCAGAACGAGAUCUUGGCCUGCAGGAGAGGAGCAAAGAGCAGAACACUGCCGAUCAAAACUAAAUUACUCCGAACAGUUUACACUGAGAUCCUGCACUGGUUUCCAAAAGCCAGGUCAACGGGACUUUUAUGUGAAUAAAUGUGAGGUAUGCUGUUAAACUUCCUAUAUGACACUGCAUUUAAAAGUUUGCUUCAUGAAUUCUGUAUAUCCAUGGACAUAUUUUCAAUAAUUAAAGAAAAUAUUUUGAAAUAUCGAUCAACUAUAACACCCGUAGUCAGAAUUACUGCACACAAGCAUUAAUUAUUCUGAGUGUCUGUCUGUAGAUGUGCCCAAGAAGAUGCUAAGCACAUGGAUGUUGAACAGAAAGAAUAUGUAAAAGUGUUAAGCUCAGAUCAUGCUGUGUACUGUCACAUGUUUAGCCAAAUUUUUCACAAAGGGGUUCAAAAUUAACACUCUCCCAGCACCAAAUUGACCAGUUGGAUGGUAUUUUGAACAUAAUAUGUGAUUCAAAUCAAACCAUGUACUAAAGAAAAUAUGUCUGACAGCUUUUACCACAGAGGAGAAUUUUCCAUCUUAAGUUUAUCUAGGAUGCAUAGAGUUGUUGUUUUUUUCCAGAGCUCCAUGUGGAGACACAUAUGUGGAAUAUUUCUCACAUUAAAGCACCAAACUAAAAUAAGUAAAAUAAAUUUCAUGAUGACGUGUACUGUAUGUCAAUAUGCAAUGAUCCUGUUGUCAAUAUACACAUUUAAAAGUUUGGGGUCAGAGAUUUAUAUUAUACUUACAAAGCAUUUAUUUGAUCCCAAAAUACAGUAAAACAUAUAUUACAACUGAAAAUAACUGGUAUUCUGUUGUUAUAUGUUUCAAAAUGUAAUUUAUUCCUUUGAUGGCAAAGCUGAAUUUUCAGCAGCCAUUAAUCUACUUGUCUAGUGUUACAUGAUCCUCCGGAAGAAAAAUAAAUUUGUGGAUUUGACUUUCAAGAAACAUUUCAUAUUCUAAUUAUAUUAUUGUUGAAAGCAGUUGUGCUGCUUAAUCUUUUUAUAAAACCUGUUAAAACAUUUUUCUUUGAUUAAUAAAAAGUUUAAAAGAACAGCAUUUAUUUGAAAUAUCUUUUUUUUGUAACAUUAUAACUCUCUUUACUGUCACUUUUGAUCACUUUAAUGCAUCCUAGCUGAGUAAAAGUAUUAAUUUCUUAAAAACAAAAAUAAAUUUAACUGACCUCAAACUUUUGAACAUAAUAGUGUAUAUUUAAAUAAAAAUAAUGCAAACAUUUUCAUGGCUUUAUUUUGCCAUUGUUCAUUUUUAUUAUAUUUUGUUUGGACCCUGUUUACAUAGCAGUGAACCAAAAAACAAUAUCUGACAUAUUUUAGUGAAAAAAUUUACAGCCAAUUUCUGCCAAAUAUUUAAUACAUCUACUGUGCAAUCAGAUCUUUAGACACUAAGGUUGACUAACUGAAAACGAUUAUCUAAAAAGACAAUAUUGCAGCUGUUUUGCUACAGUGAAUUUGUGAUUUAUCACAAUGCUGAUAUGUCAAGACAAAGCUAAACUGUGUAUUACACUGAUUUAUAUUUGAUACAUUUUUACCAUUUCUUCUUUUGCAUUCUUAGAAACAACCCAGUCUAAUAUGUGGAGUGUAUAAAUCCAGUGUUGUUAUUUGGACCAGUCCUUCAAUUUGAUCUUUAGCACUUUGAUUAUCUUUUGUAAACUUAAUCAUAAAACAUUCCUCUGCAUACCUUUCACUACCUAAGACUAUAAUGUAACUGCUUACCUGUAGUUGCCAUGUUCCAUGAAUACCCUAUUCAUAUAUGGAAAUAUAUAAUAACCAAUUAGGAAUAUUAAAGUUGUCUCUGCCAUGUGAUAGCCAAUAGGAAGGCCUGGAUUUACCCAGAUGUUAAUCAAGCUUGUUAUGUCACGAAGUGCCCAUUAUCAAGGUCAUUAUCUGAUGAUGUAGACGUUAAACAUCAUGUUAUUUUGCACAUGCCAAUCAAUCAAUCUGUUGAAAUGAGUGUUGUGAAAUGGGUACUUUUGACAGAUUGAAAAAUGGCUCAUUUUAUGUCAAAUGUCUCUGCAGGCCGUCUGGUUAGGUAGGUAGCAUGGUAAUUUUUCUCACCUCUUAGCUUCCGUCUGCCUCAUACCAGUGGUGUUUACACAUGAAUGUAAAACUAAUAUUGAUUUAAUAAAGAACUUUCAUAU